AUGUCUAAACUUCCACGUUUGUUUAUUAAUCAACAUUUGCCAGAACAUUAUCUUAAUAUAUUAAAUGAAAAAUUUGAUUGUGAUUAUCACGAUGGUAUACAACCAAUUCAAUCAGAUGAAUUACUCAAACGUGUUGAACAAUAUAAUCCGGAUGCCAUCUUGCUCGUAGGAUCAUUAAAAAUUGAUAAACAAUUGUUAGAUAAAUGUAAAUCAAUCAAAGCAGUAUCUACCAUUUCUGUUGGUUAUGAUCAUAUUGACGUAGAGGAAUGUAAAAAGCGAAAUAUAGCUGUUGGUUAUACACCUGGCGUCCUAACGGAUUCAGUGGCUGAUUUGACGAUUGGUCUAUUACUGGCAACUGCAAGACGGUUUGAAGAAGCUAUGCAAACAGUUAGAAAUGGAAAGUGGGGACCGCGUGAUAUUUUAGCAAGUUGUGGAAAAUCCGUGACAAAUUCAACGAUUGGAAUUGUUGGUCUAGGACGUAUUGGCAUGGCUGUUGCACAAAGAUUAAAAUCAUUUGGUGUAAAGAAAAUUUUUUACAGUGGUACUCAUGAAAAAACAUUUGAUAAUGAGACUGAUCAAAAACUAUUUUCGUAUGUGGAAUUCUUUUAUUUAUUAUCACAAUCGGAUUUCGUUAUUAUUACCUGUUCAUUAAAUGAGAAAACAAAGAAUAUAUUUAAUAGUGAUGCAUUUAAACAAAUGAAACCGGACUCGAUUCUUAUAAAUACGUCUCGAGGUUCAAUCAUCGAUCAGGAUGCGCUCUACGAUGCUUUGUCCAGUGGUCAAAUACACGCUGCUGGCUUGGAUGUGACAGUGCCUGAACCUUUACCACCAACAGAUAAAUUAUUGACACUGAAAAAUUGUUUGAUAUUACCACAUAUUGGCAGUGCUGAUGUAACAACACGAAACAAAAUGAUACAAGUUGCCAUUGAUAAUCUGCGCAAUUAUUUUGAAAAUAAACCCAUGGUAUCUCAAAUUAAUGUCUAA